CAACCAACCAACCAACCAGCCAAACACACACACACAUUGAAUCUUAUUUCAUCAUUUGGUGACAUUUAAUUUUCGAAUACUAGAAAAUAAAUAAUAAUGUGGAACAAGUGUGUGUGUGCAGGAUAUAACAAUAAUGUUUAUUAAUCGAAUUUAAUUUAUCAAAAUUGUUGUUGUUGUUAAGUUUGCGGUCAGCUUAAUAGCUUUUAUUUCUCAGUUUUUUGUUUUGUUUUUGAUAUAAUCUUAUUUGACAUCGUUUAUUUGACUCGUGUGGUUCAUAUUACCAACAGCCGUCCAGUAGAUUGUUUUUUGUUCACGAAAAAAAAAAUGGAAGCCGAAACAAUAACCAGUGAUACGACAUCAUAUUCGAUGCAUGGUGGUGGUGGUGGUGGUCAUUAUCCAGAGAUAGCAAAAUUGAAUCUUAAAAGAAAGAAUCGAAGUAAUUCAUUGAUUAAGAUGCCCAUAUUCAUUCGAGAAUUAUUGGCCGAAAUGGUUGGAACCUAUUUGCUUGUGAUGAUCGGUCUAGCAGCUGUAGCCAAUUAUAAAUUGAAUCGUAAUUCCAAAGUAGGUGUCGAUCAUUUUGCCGUUGCAUUUACAUUCGGUAUUGGUGGUAUGUCCGGUAUAGCAGCUUCGAUGCCAAUUUCUGGAUCUCAUCUAAAUCCAGCCGUAUCGUUGGCAUUCGCUUUGAGUGGUAGACUUUCAAUUUAUAAAGUUCCACAUUAUUUAUUGGGCCAAUAUAUUGGUGCAUUGCUUGCAUCAUUCACAGUAUUUAUAGUCUAUUAUGAAGGCAUUCAAGAAUAUGAUCAUGGUACACGUAUUGCUUAUGCUGGUGAAUGGUUCCAUGAGAAUAAAACAAUAAUGUCUGAAUUAGCAUCGGGAGAUAUAUUUGCCACUUUUCCAGCACCAUGGGUUUCCGUAACUACAGCAUUAUUGGAUCAAAUUAUCGCUACGUUUGCAUUGGUUUUCUGUGUUUUAGCCGUAACAGAUAAACGUGCUAAAUUACCAGAAUAUUUACAUCCAUUCAUGUUGGGCAUGGUUAUUUGUGGUGUUGUCGUUGCAUUCGGAUUACAAUGUGGUGCUGCAUUAAAUCCAGCUCGAGAUUUAUCACCACGAUUAUUUCUACUAAUCGGUGGCUAUGGAUUUGAUGCUUUCAGACCAGUUGAAUCACUUUAUUGGAUUGUUGCCGGUAUUAUUGGUCCACAUAUUGGCGCUAUAAUUGCAGCUUGGUCAUAUGGUUUUUUACUUUGGCAUGAUAAUAAUGAUCAGGAUCAUGAAGAUAAUGAAAAACAUUGACAUUGAAACCCUUAUUUAAAUUUAUCAAUCC